AUGGCGUUCAAUCCGCAAGACUUAUCAGUUUCUGAAAGAAUCAUUAGAACAAAUAACUCUGUUCAAGCUAAGCGAAGUGUUUACUUGUCGACAGAUCAUCCGAAUAUUUUUACUCAACUACCCUACAGUUAUCCAAACUACACCGUCUAUGGUAGCCGAGGUAGAUCGCAGUCAGCUAAUAUGAAUAUGCGGAUGUCAGUUAAUUCAAUGAAUAAUGCAAUUAUUGACAUCAUUGCACUUUCAAUGACAGAUUUCCUUGUGUGUACAUUUUCAUCGAAUAUACUGAGAAAUCAUGUGAUGGUUCGAGUUGGUGGUGGCUGGGAUACACUGAGUCAUUUCUUAUCAAAAUACGAUGAAUGUCGUAAAGUUAAUCCAUUAGGAUCAUGUAAAUUAAAUUCAAUGAAUCAGAAUUCCAAAUUGAAUGAAGAUAAAACUCAAAACAUGGUAGAAUGUAAAUUGAAUGUGGUAAAAAAACGUACAUCAUCUGUAACUAAGGAGAAACAAUCACAUAGAGAUAAUGAUCACCAUGAUGAUGAUAAUGAUAGUUCUAAUGGGAAAGUACAAUUGAAUCGUAAAAUUGAUUCAGAAUUUAUGAAAUCAAUGAAAAAUGUGAAUGAAAAUCAGACUCAUCUAAAAAAAUCUUUAGAAGAAUCAAAAUGUCUUACUAAAUCACAAUUUUUCUCUGAACUCAAUUUAACUUCAUUGAAUAAUGAUAAUGAUGAUGUUGAUGAUGGCGACUUGAAUUGUUCUACACAUUUUCCACGAUUUAUUAUCGCUGAUCAAUAUAUGAAAGAUCCGACCAAUUCAUCAACAGAUGUUGAAGAAACUAGUUUCAAUGAUAAUCUUACAAAAGAUUGGUCAAAUGAAAGUUUUGAUAAGAUACAGUCAUUACGCAAUGGCAUUACUACUACUAAUGCUACUACUACUAAUACUACUGCUACCACCACCACUGCCACUACCACUACUACUACUGCUACUACUACUAGCAAUAGUAAUAGUAAUAAUAAGGAUAGUAAUAAUGAUUCUAAAACAGAUCAGAAUAGUUUGAUUAGAAAACCAUUCAAUACUACUGAUAAACUACUUAAACAAAAAUCAACUAUUACUAUCAUAAGAAAUGAAUUAGAUAAAUCUAAUAUGAAACCAUAUAUUGUAAAUAGACCAUGUUUCCCGAAUACUACUACUCCUCCUACUACUACUACUCCUACAACGAGUAGUAGUACUGCUUAUUAUAUUAAUAGUAGACAUUGUAAUUCUAUACAACAUCAGAACCCAAUAGAGAAUAGAUUACAUAAUAAUCAAAAUUUAUCCAAAUCAUUAAAUUCAUUAAAUAUAAAUUGUAAACAAUCAAUUGAUAGAAAGAAUUCAAGACCAGUUGAAAGGAUUUCAGUUUUGCCUAUCAUGAAUGAUACUACUACUAAUAAGAAUAGUAGUAAAAGUAAUAAUAAUAAAUUUACUAGGAAUAGUUAUACUACUCAUAAUCAUCGAAUACAAUCAAUAAAAAGUCAUCAUGUAACAGAAAGAAAAUCCACAAUGCAACAAUUGAAAUCAUCACCGUUACAUCAUGAUAAUCAUCAUCAUCAUCAUCAUCAGAGUAGAAAUCAACAAAAUCAAAGUAGAAGUAAAUCAGCUAAUAUGUUUAAUCGUAAAUUAUCAUCUACAUCUACAUCGGCGUCAGCGUCAGCAGCUGCAGCAACAGCAGUAGCAUCGUCGUCGUCGUCAUCGUCAUCAUGUAAACAAGUCAAUCAUCAAUUAAUCAAUAAACCAGUACAAAUUGUAUAUACAUCAGGAGAGAAUAAAAGACAUCCAGAUGAUUAUGUAAUAGAUGAUCAUUUAUAUCAAUCGAAUCAUUCUAAACAAAUUAAUCCAUUAAUUUCUAUAAAUAGUAAAUUGAGACAUGGCUCAUUAAUACCUAUAUCAACAAGAUCUUAUUCAAGUUCUCGCAUUCCAUUGAAACAAUAUUAA